AUGGAGAUUUGUAGCUUCUCCGUCACACAGCGAAGGAAGUUUCUGUUGUAUAACGUGGUAACAAAAGAAGGGGAUGAAUCUUUCUUCACUCAUAUGAAUUCUCAAGAAGAAGUAGAGCAAUGGGAAGCUCUUGACCUCGGCGAUUCUGAGCUCCCUUCUUUCCUCCGUCCUUGCAAACCCAAAUCUCCAUCAAGGCCACAGCUCAAUCCAAAGUCGGGGUUUAAUACUCUUCGCCGCUGCUCCUCGCUGCUCCGAGAUCAUUUUCUUGAAGACAGUUAUUCCCGCUCUUUGAUCCCAGGACCUGCUGGAACUGUUCAAGUUGCAAUCCGCAGGAAGAUGAAUAAGGAUCCUAAAUCGUUUGAUGAGCAUGGAGAGCCGAUUCCGACUCAAGAGUUCAUAUGUAAAGCUGCUGAAGAGCCUGAUUGGGAUGACAAGGAUUUCUCUGACGACCCUUGGCUCUCUGCUGUUGAUUACAUACGACGUCAAGGUUUGUUGAGCAAGGGUGGAAAUGCUAUUGGGACACCAUUGAGCGAGAUUAAGAGCGUUUGUUGCAGUUGGGGUAAGGUUGAUCAGGUCGUGGCAAUUGUCAAAACUUGCACUCCAAAUGGUCUUGGUGAUAUCAUGGUGACUCUUAAGGAUCCCACUGGAACAAUCGAUGCCAGCGUGCACAGGAAAGUGAUAUCCGAGAGUGAGUUUGGAAGAGAUAUAAGAGUUGGCGCAGUGGUGAUUCUUAACAAGGUUGCAGUCUGCGCACCUUCACGGUCCUCACGCUAUCUUAACAUAACACUGAAGAACGUCUCCAAGGUAGUUAUCACAAAGGAUACUCCUGUUUUACCAAAGGAGAGCCAUACUGAAACGAGUUCCAAGAAUCCUGGUCCUAUGAAUGAAAACGAGGACGAUUUGCAAUUGCGACCCAAAGCGUUUCCUGUGGAGCAAGGAACCACUCAAGGAAUCAUGAACAGUCUCAGAAGAAAUGCCACAGAAGGAAGUGAAGCAAGCACUGAUGUAGAAAUGGAAGAAGCGAAUCCAACAGAUGAAAGCAACUCCUGGCCAAAAGGUUUGGCCAAGAACCAGUUUCAUGUUAGAAUGGAGAAGACCCUCUCGAGAAAACAUGAUUCAGCCAGCCAAACAGAGAUUGCAGCAAGCAGGACAACCUCAAAGACUCGAGAACAGCAACUGCAAGAAGAUAUGACUACCGGUAUUGAUACAGCCGAAGACAUUAGACCGGCGAAAAAGAUCAGUAGAAGUCGUGAACCUCAAAGUAAUGAGCUAGAGAGCGUGAUAGGGAACUCUGAUGAAGUUACAUCUGAACCUAAGGUCAACAAAUCUCAGCCCAUGGCGUCUUCCAGCUUGGUGCCACAGUGGACUGAUGAGCAACUUGAAGAACUCUUCGAUUUUGACUAG